CUCUCUGUUUCCCUCACACAAUCUCCCUCCAUAACCUCACCUCUCUAUCUCUCUCUCUCUCUCUAUUAGAUCUGAGAAGAAGAAAAAGAUAAAACAAAAAAUCAUGAUCAGUAACUUGAUUUCAAGCUUGAACAAAAAGCUACAGGCUGUUGAAAUCAGUAGCCGCUGCAAACGAACGAAGAAGACGGCUUACGUAUACAGAGACAAUCUCACCAAGAAGAACCACUCACCACCCUCGUCAUCGUCCUCACCACAGCACCAGCCGGAGGAGAUCAAGAAAGUGAAGAAGAGAGUGAGAUUUGCUGAUACGGAACCAGUGAUAAUCGCCAUUAGUACCGACAGAGAGGAGGAGGAGUUGGAGGUUGAAACAGAGAAGAAAGUAGUGAGAAUUACGGUGAAAUUGACGAAACAAGAAGCGAAUCGAAUGCUUUCGAGGUGCUCCAAUGGUGGCGUUCUUGAAUUCGGAGAUGUGGCUUCUGAACUCAUGAGGAUUCCUCCAACUAGAGUUCGUUCAUCUUUGGUGGCGAAUUGAAAUUUUUCCCCUCUUUUUCUUCUUCUUCCUUCCUCAACUUCUUAAAGAGAAGUUCCAGAUAUUUCUGGAAUUAUAUUUUUUAUUUUUUGAAUUUUGCUUUAAUAUGGGGUUGUAAAUUAUAUGAUAUUGCUCUGUCCAAAUUUUGUAGAAAUUAUAUCUUCGAAUUAUAAAUUUUGUAAGUUAACUUUAUAUGGCAUUCCAAUAAACUAUAAAAACAAUAACAUAUCUA